GGCAGAAGGGGAAAGCUGAUAUCACGGGGGAGGGAAUGAAUGCUCGCCCUCGCUCUCGGCUCGCGACGCUUCGCUUCUCUCGUGGCCGCCCCCGCUCGGCCCGUUGGUUGGCGGCGCAAAGCCAAUGCGAAGCGACCGGAGGCGGCGGAGGUUUCUGUGAAGCCGCCGCCUGCUCGCUCCGCUGUGAUCGGGUCUCCCCGCUUCCUCCAGCGCCGGGCCUCCUCAUCUUUGGAUUCCCCCCCCCCACUUCAAUUCCAAUGGAACAUAGCUCUGCAGAAGAUUCAGACAUUAGUGAUUCGGAUAUUGUUGAGCACAAGGAGAAGACCUAUGCCCAACUGCGAGCCGGAAAAUUGAAAGCGAAGCAUGGUGAGAAUACCUUUCGGUGCCCUUUCUGCCCUGGGAAGAAGAAGCAGGACUACAACCUCAAGGAUCUCCUGCAGCAUGCCACAGGAAUAGGAGCUGCUCCUAAGCGCAGUGCCAAGGUGAAGGCAACACACCUUGGGCUUGCUAUGUUCUUAGAGAAGGAUAUAGCCAGCUCGUUGGAGAAACCAUUGCAAGUUGUGGUCUACAAGCCAAAAACGACAAAGAGUGAUGAAGAAGUUUUCGUAUGGCCAUGGAUGGGCAUUGUGGUUAACUUACAAUAUGAGUUGAAGGGCGAAGAAGUUUUUAGGGAAAGUGAAGAAAGGCUAAGAGCACAGCUCUCACGGUUCAGACCACUCCAAGUUACAAUUCUUGGGGAUGACAAGGACCAGACAUUUUGUGCCAUUGUCAAGUUUGCUAAGGACUGGAGUGGAUUAAAGGAUGCAUUGGCUUUUGAAAAGCAUUUCAGAGUCGAGCAGUAUGGUAAGACAGAUUGGAUCAAAAUAAAUCACAGAAAGGAUGAUCUUUAUGGAUGGUUUGCAAGAUCUGAUGAUUAUACCUCUUCUGGGCCAAUUGGGCAGCAUCUAAGAGAUAAUGGAGAUCUUAGAAGUGUUGGUGACCUGGAACGUGAGGGGAUGCAAGAAACUGACAAGCGUGUAGCUCAUUAUGCACGCCAAAUCGGGUUAACAAACUAUCACAUGAGCGAAUUGGAGCUUAGGAACAAUCAAAUUGCCAUGAAACUCGAUAGGAUGAUGGAAGAGAAAGAUCGACUGAUUGAAGAGCACAAUGAAAAGAUAAGAAGGAUGCAGAAAGAUGCUUGUCGGAAUUCUAGGAAAAUAAUCGAUGAAAAUAUUCGAUUGUAUGGAGAACUGGAGACUAGGAAAAAGGAAAUUGACAAGAAACGUGAACAACUUGAAAAGUUGGCCGAAAAAGGCAACACUAACAGAGAAAAGCUUGAAGCGGCAAAAGAAGAGAAUGCAAUGGAGAACAGGCUUCUUAGUUUAGCAACCCAAAAGAAAAAUGAAGAAGAUGAGAAGCUUUUGCGCCUUAUUGAGAAACAAAAGCAAGAGAAAGAAGAUGCUUUGAAGAAGCUAUAUGAUUUAGAAAUGCAGUUGGCUUCCAAACAAAAACUUGAACUGGAUAUAGAACAGUUGAAGGGGAACUUAGAGGUAAUGAGCCAUAUGCGAGAUGAAUCAGAAGAUGAUACAAAUUUGAAGAAGCUCGGUGAAUUGCGUAAAAAACUGGAAGAGAAAAAAGAUGAACUGGAGGAUAUCGAUUCUCUUAACCAGACCCUGAUUAUUAAGGAACGAAGAACCAACGAUGAGCUGGAAGAAGCCAAGAAAGAACUGAUAAUUGACCUACAAAAGAUGUCUAGAGUUCGAUCACAUAUUGGUGUCAAAAGAAUGGGUGAGCUUGACCAGAAAGCUUUUGUUGCUGCUUGCAAAGAGAAGAUAGCAGAUGAUGUUAAGUUGGCACUUCUGUGCUCAAAAUGGGAGGAUGAGAUCAGGCAACCAGAAUGGCAUCCUUUCAAAGUAAUCAAUGUUGAUGGGGAGGCAAAGGAAAUCGUUAAAGAGGAUGAUGAGAAGCUGCAAGCUUUGAAAGCUGAACUCGGCGAGAAGGCACACGAUAUUGUUGUGAAGGCUCUCCUUGAGAUUAACGAAUAUAAUCCCAGCGGUAGGUAUCCCUUGCCCGAGCUGUGGAACUUCAAUGACGACAGCAAAGCACCAAUGGGUGAGGCAUCAGCGUACAUAGUGAAGCAGUGGAGGACGAACAAGAAGAAAAAGUCCUACACCUGAUGAGUGUGGCCUGAAAGGGCCUUGCUAGACCAUGUGCAACUAUUGAUGUCUUCAUGUCCCUGACCUCUUUGCUGAAACAUUCUGUAAUGUACUACUUCAUUCGUCCCAUCUCCGGGCACGAUUAGCAAGCAUCAUUAGGCAACAUACUGUGCCUAUGUGGUACCUUAGAUUCUGUUCUAAAAGACAAAAACUGUAACCACCCUGAGUACCUGUUCUCUUCAUUAUUCGGACAAUCAAAUGUUCUUGGCAAAAUGCAAACAUACUGUGAUUUUAGUUCUUA